UUAUUUUUUAUUUCUUUUGCCGUGCAUUAAAUUAUUUCCUUAUUUGAUUAAAAAAAAAACUUUAUUUCCUUUUUUUUUUCUCAAUUAAGAGAAUCUUCAAUUGGGUAACUAAUUUCGGGAUUAAUUGGUCGUUUUUUUUAUUUGUGGUCACAAUAAAGACACUAAACAAAGAAUAAAUAUCAUAACUCUUUCUCUCUUCAAUUUCUGAUCUUUUUCCAUGGCCUCUGUAGUACCUCUUCCUUUGAAUUUCAAUACUCUUAGUUCAGAGAGAUUGAGGUUUGGUUCGUGUUCGAGGAAGAAGAAGAAGAAUCCCACUAAAAAUGCCACCUUUGUUUGUAAAGCUGCUACUUCUCUUGUUUUUCGGGAUCUCGACGCUGAUGAUUUUCGCCACCCUCUUGACAAACAGAACACACUGAUUUUGAGGGCAAUUCCUGGGUUGAACGAGCUUGGAAAAGCUUUAUUAGGGUCUGUUUCAGAACAAGUGAUGCUUUUGGAGAAUAUUGGAACUUCAGUUCUUGUAUCUGAAAAUCAGCUACCUGAACUACACCAGUUAAUGAUUGAAGCAGCAAAAAUAUUGAACAUUGAGUCACCUGAUCUGUAUGUUCGUCAAAGUCCAGUACCAAAUGCAUAUACUUUAGCCAUAAGUGGUAAAAAGCCAUUUAUUGUGGUUCAUACUAGCCUUGUGGAGCUUUUGACUCGAAAAGAGUUACAGGCUGUUUUGGCUCAUGAAUUGGGUCAUUUGAAAUGCGACCAUGGUGUGUGGCUUACAUUUGCAAAUAUUCUUACCCUUGGAGCUUAUAGUGUACCUGGGCUUGGUGGGUUGAUAGCUCAGAGUUUAGAAGAACAGUUAUUUCGUUGGCUUCGAGCAGCUGAGUUAACUUGUGAUCGUGCAGCUCUUCUUGUUGCCCAAGAUUCAAAGGUGGUAAUAUCUGUGCUGAUGAAGUUAGCUGGGGGCUGUCCAUCUAUGGCUGACCAACUAAAUGUUGAUGCAUUUCUGGAACAAGCUCGGUCUUAUGAAAAAGCUUCAUCAAGCCCGAUGGGUUGGUACAUAAGAAAUGCUCAGACGAGACAACUCUCUCACCCGUUGCCUGUUUUACGUGCUCGUGAGAUUGAUGAAUGGUCCAGAGGUCAUGAUUAUAAAUACCUUCUCAAACGCGCAGCGCAAAACAGUGUUGUAUAGACAAUUGAAGAUAAAGCGAAAAUACACAACUUCUUAUCGAAAUUUCAAACAAUCCCAUGCAGAAGGAUUGACAGUGUUAAUAGAAGAUUUGUUCAAAAUUUAUAGCUGCUGUUAAAACCUUUCCAGCUGCCAUAUUCCAUGUGAUAUUAUCAUGUCAAGUCUUGUGCAUAUAGUUCUUAGGAGACACGUAUGUAUACUCUUUUUCAAGACUCAUCUUAUACUUUUUGAGUGUAAAAAACAUAGAAAGAAAGAAUGAUUCUUAUAGAAUUGAACUUAUAGAACAGAUGAGAUCAUUUCUUAGUAUUUAUAUACAGAUUUACUAUUGUUUUAUCUUGAUGAUUGUAUAAACUUGUGUAUGGAUUGUUUCCACCCACAUAAGAAAAUAAAUUAUACGUUUGGUAUUUGAACAAAAAAA